AUGCGUAUUGAUGCAGUUAAUCGACGUGGCUCUCAUCCACUUUAUGCUGUUAUAGAAACAAAUCCUGAUGCACUGACAAUAGCCAAUAUGCUGGAUCAAGAGCGACAAAUAACAGGACCAAGAUCUUCUCUUCAUGGAAUUCCAAUUCUGGUCAAAGACAAUACAGCAACAAAUGAUAAAAUGCAAACAACCGCUGGUAGUUUGGCUUUGAUUGGAGCUCGCGUAGUUCGAGAUGCUCAUGUUGUUGACCUCUUGAGACAAGCGGGUGCUAUUAUACUUGGUAAAGCAUCACUUUCAGAAUGGUCCAACUUCAGAUCAACGAAUAAAUCAAGGGAAGGAUGGUCAGCGCGAGGCGGCCCAGUGAAUUCGACCUAUGUAGCUAACGGUAAUCCUUCAGGAAGUAGUAGUGGUACAGCCGUUGCUGUUAGUGCUGGUUUGUGUGCGGGAGGACUUGGCACAGAGACAGCUGGUAGCAUUGUGUCACCAUCUAGUGUAGCAAACAUAGUUGGUCUAAAACCCACAGUAGGACUCACAUCUCGUUCAGGUGUUAUUCCAAUCUCACGUUAUCAUGAUUCGAUUGGGCCCAUGGGUAGAACAGUCGAAGAUGUUGCGUUAAUGCUAGAGAUUAUGCAAGGUAAAGAUGCUCGUGACGAAGCCACACAACAAGUAAAUGCUAUCCGUCAUAGGAAUUAUUCACAAUUUCUGCGUGAUGUUGAAGGAUUACGCGGACUUCGGUUGGGUAUUGUACGUCAAGGCAUUAAUGUAACGAAAGAAUUAGAGGGUGUCAUCAACAAAACAACUGAAUUGAUGCGUUCCUAUGGUGCAACAAUCAUCAGUUCAAUAAAUAUUUCAAGCUUUGAUUCUGAUCAAAUAUCUGAUGAUUUGUUGUCUCUUCUCAUGAUUAAUUUUCCGGAAGAUAUUGCAAAUUAUUUGAUGGGCUUGAGCAAUACCACGAUACGAUCUUUAACCGACCUUAUUGAAUUUAAUAUAAAACAUGCCGAUGAAGAAUUUCAUCCUCUAUUUGCUCCUAAUCAAGAUUUAUUCGAAUUAAGCAACAAUGUCAGUAAUAUCUCAUACGCGAACCAAUCAAGUCUUCUCAAUCGAACUCGAACAUUGGGUGGACAAUUGGGCAUUGAUCUUGCUUUAACUACACACAAUUUGGAUGCCCUCAUUACGCCACGUGUUGAUAGUCCAUUGACUAUAAUGGCGUCAGCAGCUGGUUAUCCAUUGAUUAUUGUUCCGCUGGGUUAUCAUCAAUCUGACGGUGAACCUUAUGGUCUGACGAUAGCUGGUACAGCUUGGUCAGAAGCAAUGCUUAUACGUGUCGCACAUGGCUUUGAGCAAGCAUCACGUGUUCGAGACCAGCGACGACCUCAGUAUGCUGAACGAGAUUAA